GAAGGCAUUGGCCGGGCUAUUCCAAAGGUGCUGGGAAUCAUCGCGAAUGGUUGCAAAUGGUUGUCAAGGCAUGCGCUUCAUGUUCCAGCAAACUCCAGGUCCACUUGCAUCCUGGCUUUCUGUUGCUUCUCGGUUUGGCGCUUGCACAAGCGGCGCAAGCAGCGCAUCGUACCUGAAUUCGAGGACGCAAACGCCCAGGCGAGCAACAUUCCAGACGGCUCCAGCUCUCGGCUGGCUAUGAUUUCCGCUAGAUUCGAUGGCGGGCCGGUGGAGAAGCUGAUGCGAAGAAUGCAGAGGAUUCUGGAUGCCCGCAACUACCAUGUGCUUAUCGUUGAGGCUGGAGUUGGUGAUGAUUUUGGUGAUGCCACUUUGGAGUAUUUGUAUCAGAUAAAACGGGAGAACGGCGUCAUCCUGGCCGUGUGUACAUGGAACUAUGCCGAAAUGACGGCAUCACAGUACUCGUCACACAAGGAGCUGCAGUUCGCACUGGAGAACAGCAUUGAAGUCAUCCCAUUGAGGGUGGAAGACACCUACCCUCCAAAGCCACCCUUUGGUGACCAUCAUCCUCACGAUCAACAUGGAUUGGGCCAGGCCCUAGUUCAGAUGAAGAUCCCUCCUACGCUUGUCUUUUUAGAAUGCAGAGGGCGGACUGCGCUACAGAUCGCCAGUGAUAUCGCUGGGAGAUUGAGCAGCGAGAAGGCGGGGCUCAGGGCGAGGCACAUGCGAAGCCCUUCACAUGUUCGCUCCAGGAGUUCGUGCCAGAGGGGCUCAUGGUGUGGUUGCCUGUUUCUAAGUAAGCUCUGUGUCACAGGCCCUGGCCAAGAUGCCGUCCUCGCGAUCGUUGGCAUCGAACCAGCUCCGAUCACCACAGGCCGGAGCUUUAAAGCCUUCAGCCAGAAGCUUUCACCCGCUCGCAAUCGCAGCCGCUUUUUGCGUGCACCGGAGCAUCACUGCGAUGUGCUUCAUUGA